GUCGACCGCGGAGUAUCCCGGGACGGCGACAAAAGGAGGGAACCCAGGUGCCUUUUGGGGCCGUGGAGGGGUUGAGGUUGUGUUCCCGAGAGAUGUCUCUCGGCUAGCCUGGCACCUCUCGGCCUCCAUGCAGGCACCUGGCUUGUCGGGCGGAACGCGGAGAGCGAAGGCUGAAUGAACUCAUGGACCUGGUAGUUUUCUUUUGAGAAAGAAACCUGCUCAAAAGAAAAAUGGCGUUUGUUGCAACACAAGGGGCCACAGUGGUUGACCAAACCACUCUUAUGAAAAAAUACCUUCAGUUUGUGGCAGCUCUCACGGAUGUAAAUACACCUGAUGAAACAAAGUUAAAAAUGAUGCAAGAAGUUAGUGAAAAUUUUGAGAAUGUGACAUCAUCUCCUCAGUAUUCUACAUUCCUGGAACACAUCAUCCCUCGAUUUCUUACAUUUCUCCAAGAUGGAGAAGUCCAGUUUCUUCAAGAGAAACCAGCCCAGCAACUGCGGAAGCUAGUACUUGAAAUAAUUCAUAGAAUACCAACCAAUGAACAUCUUCGUCCUCAUACAAAAAAUGUUUUGUCUGUGAUGUUUCGCUUUUUAGAGACGGAAAAUGAAGAAAAUGUGCUUAUUUGUCUAAGAAUAAUCAUUGAACUACACAAACAGUUCAGGCCACCAAUCACACAAGAAAUUCAUCAUUUUUUGGAUUUUGUGAAACAAAUUUACAAGGAACUUCCAAAAGUAGUGAACCGUUACUUUGAGAACCCUCAGGUAAUCCCUGAGAACACAGUGCCUCCUCCAGAAAUGGUUGGUAUGAUAACCACAAUUGCUGUGAAAGUCAGUCCUGAGCGUGAGGACAGUGAGACACGGACACAUUCCAUCAUCCCCAGAGGAUCACUUUCUUUAAAAGUAUUGGCAGAAUUGCCUAUUAUUGUUGUAUUAAUGUACCAGCUCUACAAACUAAAUAUCCACAAUGUUGUUGCUGAAUUUGUGCCCUUGAUCAUGAAUACCAUUGCAAUUCAGGUAUCUGCACAAGCCAGGCAACAUAAGCUUUACAACAAGGAGUUAUAUGCUGACUUUAUUGCUGCCCAAAUUAAAACAUUGUCAUUUUUAGCUUAUAUCAUCAGAAUUUAUCAGGAGUUGGUGACUAAGUAUUCUCAGCAGAUGGUGAAAGGAAUGUUACAGUUACUUUCAAAUUGUCCAGCAGAGACUGCACACCUCAGGAAGGAGCUUCUGAUUGCUGCAAAACAUAUCCUUACCACCGAGCUCAGAAACCAGUUCAUUCCUUGCAUGGACAAGCUAUUUGAUGAAUCCAUAUUAAUCGGCUCAGGAUAUACUGCUCGGGAGACUCUAAGGCCCCUUGCCUACAGUACACUGGCUGAUCUCGUGCACCAUGUUCGCCAGCACUUGCCCCUCAGCGAUCUGUCCCUUGCUGUCCAGCUGUUUGCCAAGAACAUUGAUGAUGAGUCACUGCCCAGCAGCAUCCAGACCAUGUCCUGCAAACUUCUGCUGAACUUGGUGGACUGCAUCCGCUCCAAGAGUGAGCAGGAGAGUGGCAAUGGAAGGGAUGUCCUGAUGCGGAUGCUGGAGGUUUUUGUUCUCAAGUUUCACACCAUUGCUCGGUACCAGCUCUCUGCCAUUUUUAAGAAGUGCAAGCCUCAGUCCGAGCUUGGAGCAGUGGAAGCAGCUCUACCUGGGGUGCCCACUGCCCCGGCUGCCCCAGGCCCUGCUCCAUCCCCAGCUCCUGUUCCUGCACCUGCCCCACCUCCACCCCAACCACCUACGCCAGCCACCCCUGUGACUCCAGCCCCUGUGGCUCCUUUUGAGAAGCAAGGAGAAAAGGAUAAGGAGGACAAGCAAACAUUCCAGGUCACAGAUUGCCGAAGUUUGGUAAAAACCUUGGUCUGUGGUGUGAAGACAAUCACUUGGGGCAUAACAUCCUGUAAAGCGCCUGGUGAAGCUCAGUUCAUUCCCAACAAACAGUUACAACCCAAAGAGACUCAGAUUUACAUAAAACUUGUGAAGUAUGCAAUGCAGGCCUUGGAUAUUUAUCAGGUCCAGAUAGCAGGAAAUGGACAAACAUACAUUCGAGUAGCAAAUUGCCAGACUGUUAGAAUGAAGGAAGAGAAGGAGGUAUUGGAACAUUUUGCUGGUGUUUUCACCAUGAUGAAUCCCUUAACAUUUAAGGAAAUCUUUCAAACUACAGUCCCUUAUAUGGUGGAAAGAAUCUCAAAAAAUUAUGCUCUUCAGAUUGUUGCCAAUUCCUUCUUGGCAAAUCCUACUACCUCUGCUCUGUUUGCUACCAUCCUGGUGGAAUAUCUCCUGGAUCGCCUGCCAGAAAUGGGCUCCAAUGUAGAGCUCUCCAACCUGUACCUCAAGCUGUUUAAGUUGGUCUUUGGCUCAGUCUCCCUCUUUGCAGCUGAAAAUGAGCAAAUGCUGAAGCCUCAUCUGCACAAGAUUGUGAACAGCUCCAUGGAGCUUGCACAGACUGCCAAGGAACCGUACAACUACUUCCUGCUGCUCCGAGCCCUGUUCCGUUCUAUUGGGGGAGGUAGCCAUGAUCUCUUGUAUCAGGAAUUUUUACCUCUUCUCCCCAACCUCCUCCAAGGUCUGAACAUGUUGCAGAGUGGCCUGCACAAGCAGCACAUGAAGGACCUCUUUGUGGAACUGUGUCUCACUGUGCCUGUGCGGCUAAGCUCCCUUUUGCCCUAUCUGCCUAUGUUAAUGGAUCCCUUAGUGUCUGCCCUCAAUGGGUCUCAGACUUUGGUCAGUCAGGGGUUGAGGACCCUGGAGUUAUGCGUGGACAACCUACAGCCUGAUUUCCUCUAUGACCAUAUCCAGCCUGUGCGUGCAGAGCUCAUGCAGGCUUUAUGGCGCACUUUACGAAAUCCUGCGGAUAGUAUCUCUCAUGUAGCCUACCGAGUACUUGGCAAAUUUGGUGGCAGUAACAGGAAGAUGUUAAAAGAAUCUCAGAAGCUGCACUAUGUUGUGACUGAAGUUCAAGGCCCCAGCAUUACUGUGGAAUUCUCCGAUUGCAAAGCAUCUCUUCAGCUCCCAAUGGAGAAGGCCAUUGAAACUGCUUUGGACUGCCUGAAAAGUGCCAACACAGAGCCCUACUACCGGAGGCAGGCAUGGGAAGUGAUCAAGUGCUUCCUGGUGGCCAUGAUGAGUCUGGAGGACAAUAAGCAUGCGCUCUACCAGCUGCUUGCACACCCCAACUUUACAGAAAAGACCAUACCCAAUGUCAUUAUCUCGCAUCGCUACAAAGCACAAGACACUCCAGCCCGGAAGACAUUUGAGCAGGCUCUGACUGGGGCAUUCAUGUCUGCUGUCAUCAAAGAUCUGCGGCCCAGUGCCUUGCCUUUUGUUGCCAGCUUGAUUCGCCACUAUACUAUGGUGGCAGUGGCUCAGCAAUGUGGUCCUUUCCUGUUGCCUUGCUACCAGGUGGGCAGCCAGCCCAGCACAGCCAUGUUUCACAGCGAAGAGAAUGGAUCAAAAGGAAUGGAUCCCUUGGUUCUUAUUGAUGCAAUAGCUAUCUGUAUGGCUUAUGAAGAAAAGGAACUUUGCAAGAUUGGGGAAGUGGCCUUGGCUGUGAUAUUUGAUGUUGCAAGCAUCAUCCUGGGCUCAAAGGAGAGAGCCUGCCAGCUUCCCCUCUUUUCCUAUAUUGUGGAGCGCUUGUGUGCCUGCUGUUAUGAGCAGGCCUGGUAUGCAAAACUGGGAGGUGUGGUGUCCAUUAAGUUUCUCAUGGAGCGGCUGCCUCUCACAUGGGUUCUUCAGAACCAGCAGACAUUCCUUAAAGCACUGCUCUUUGUCAUGAUGGACUUAACUGGAGAGGUUUCCAAUGGGGCAGUUGCCAUGGCAAAGACCACUCUGGAACAGCUCCUCAUGAGGUGUGCCACGCCUCUAAAAGAUGAGGAACGAGCCGAAGAGAUUGUGGCAGCUCAGGAGAAGUCUUUUCACCAUGUGACCCAUGAUUUAGUUCGAGAAGUCACCUCUCCAAACUCUACUGUGAGGAAACAGGCCAUGCAUUCACUGCAGGUAUUGGCGCAGGUCACUGGGAAGAGUGUGACAGUGAUAAUGGAACCACAUAAAGAGGUCCUUCAGGAUAUGGUCCCACCCAAGAAGCACUUGCUUCGACACCAGCCUGCCAAUGCGCAGAUUGGCCUGAUGGAAGGGAAUACAUUCUGUACCACGCUGCAGCCUCGGCUCUUCACAAUGGAUCUUAAUGUGGUGGAGCAUAAGGUGUUCUACACAGAGCUUUUGAAUUUGUGCGAGGCUGAGGAUUCAGCUUUAACCAAACUGCCAUGUUAUAAAAGCCUUCCAUCACUUGUGCCUUUACGAAUCGCAGCACUAAAUGCUCUUGCUGCCUGCAAUUACCUUCCUCAGUCCAGGGAGAAAAUCAUUGCUGCACUCUUCAAAGCCCUUAAUUCCACCAAUAGUGAGCUCCAGGAGGCUGGAGAAGCCUGUAUGAGAAAGUUUUUAGAAGGUGCUACUAUUGAAGUAGACCAAAUUCAUACACAUAUGAGACCUUUGUUGAUGAUGCUGGGAGAUUACCGAAGCUUGACGUUGAAUGUUGUGAAUCGUCUGACUUCUGUUACAAGACUUUUCCCAAAUUCCUUUAAUGACAAGUUUUGUGAUCAGAUGAUGCAACAUCUGCGCAAGUGGAUGGAGGUGGUGGUCAUCACUCACAAAGGGGGCCAGAGGAGCGACGGAAACGAAAGCAUUUCAGAGUGCGGGAGAUGUUCCUUGUCUCCAUUCUGUCAGUUUGAGCCUGCCAUGGAAGGGGUAGAGGAAAUGAAAAUUUGUUCGGCAAUCAUAAACCUUUUUCAUCUGAUCCCAGCUGCACCUCAAACUUUGGUCAAGCCUUUGUUGGAGGUUGUAAUGAAAACAGAGCGAGCCAUGUUGAUUGAGGCAGGUAGUCCCUUCAGAGAGCCUCUGAUCAAGUUCCUGACUCGACACCCCUCGCAGACAGUGGAGCUGUUCAUGAUGGAAGCAACGCUCAAUGAUCCCCAGUGGAGCCGGAUGUUCAUGAGUUUUCUAAAACACAGAGAUGCCAGGCCUUUGCGGGACGUGCUGGCAGCCAAUCCCAACAGAUUCAUUACACUGCUGCUGCCAGGUGGCCCACAAACUGCUGUGCGUCCUGGCUCACCCAGCACCAGCACCAUGCGACUGGACCUCCAAUUCCAGGCCAUCAAGAUUAUAAGCAUCAUAGUUAAGAAUGAUGACUCCUGGCUGGCUAAUCAGCAUUCUCUGGUGAGCCAGCUGAGACGUGUGUGGGUCAGUGAGACCUUUCAAGAAAGACACCGCAAAGAGAACAUGGCUGCUACCAAUUGGAAAGAGCCCAAGCUAUUGGCCUUUUGUCUGCUGAGCUACUGCAAGAGGAAUUACGGAGAUAUAGAAUUGCUGUUUCAACUGCUUCGAGCCUUCACUGGUCGUUUUCUCUGCAAUAUGACUUUCUUAAAGGAGUAUAUGGAGGAAGAGAUUCCCAAAAACUAUAGCAUUGCUCAAAAACGUGCCCUGUUUUUUCGUUUUGUAGACUUCAAUGACCCUAAUUUUGGAGACGAACUGAAAGCAAAGGUUCUGCAGCAUAUCUUGAAUCCUGCUUUCUUGUACAGCUUUGAGAAGGGAGAAGGAGAGCAGCUCUUGGGACCUCCCAAUCCAGAAGGAGAUAACCCAGAGAGCAUCACCAGUGUGUUUAUAACCAAGGUCCUAGACCCUGAGAAGCAGGCAGACAUGCUGGACUCCCUGCGGAUCUAUCUUCUGCAGUAUGCCACGCUGCUGGUAGAGCACGCCCCUCACCACAUCCAUGACAACAACAAGAACCGCAACAGCAAGCUGCGCCGCCUGAUGACCUUUGCGUGGCCCUGCCUGCUGUCCAAGGCCUGCGUGGACCCAGCAUGCAAAUAUAGCGGACACUUACUUUUGGCACACAUUAUUGCCAAAUUUGCAAUACAUAAGAAAAUUGUCCUGCAGGUUUUCCAUAGUCUCCUCAAGGCUCAUGCAAUGGAAGCCCGAGCAAUUGUCAGGCAAGCCAUGGCUAUCUUGACUCCUGCCGUGCCUGCCCGCAUGGAGGAUGGUCACCAAAUGCUCACACACUGGACCAGGAAGAUUAUUGUGGAAGAAGGGCACACGGUCCCGCAGCUGGUGCAUAUUUUGCAUUUGAUUGUGCAGCAUUUUAAGGUGUAUUACCCCGUGCGGCACCACCUGGUUCAGCAUAUGGUUAGUGCCAUGCAGAGAUUGGGCUUCACACCCAGUGUCACCAUUGAGCAGAGGCGGCUGGCUGUAGACCUGUCUGAAGUUGUCAUCAAGUGGGAAUUACAGAGGAUCAAGGACCAGCAGCCGGAUUCCGACAUGGACCCAAAUUCCAGUGGAGAAGGAGUCAAUUCUGUCUCAUCAUCUAUCAAGAGAGGCCUGUCUGUGGAUUCUGCCCAGGAAGUGAAGCGCUUCAGGACAGCCACUGGAGCCAUCAGUGCAGUGUUCGGGAGGAGCCAAUCGCUGCCUGGAGCUGACUCUCUUCUCGCCAAGCCCAUCGAUAAGCAGCACACAGAUACCGUGGUGAACUUUCUCAUCCGAGUGGCUUGUCAGGUUAAUGACAACACCAACACUGCAGGGUCCCCUGGGGACGUACUGUCUCGCCGCUGUGUCAAUCUCUUGAAGACAGCGUUAAGACCGGAUAUGUGGUCCAAGUCGGAGCUCAAGCUGCAGUGGUUUGACAAGCUGCUGAUGACUGUGGAGCAGCCAAAUCAAGUGAACUACGGAAAUAUUUGCACAGGAUUAGAAGUGCUGAGUUUCUUGCUCACUGUACUCCAGUCCCCAGCUAUUCUCAGUAGUUUCAAACCCCUGCAGCGUGGCAUUGCUGCCUGUAUGACAUGUGGAAAUACCAAGGUGCUGCGUGCCGUCCACAGCCUCCUCUCUCGCCUCAUGAGUAUCUUCCCAACAGAGCCAAGUACUUCGAGUGUGGCCUCAAAGUAUGAAGAGCUGGAGUGCCUCUAUGCAGCUGUAGGGAAGGUCAUCUACGAAGGCCUAACCAACUAUGAGAAAGCCACCAAUGCAAAUCCCUCCCAGCUCUUCGGAACCCUCAUGAUCCUCAAGUCGGCCUGUAGUAACAACCCAAGCUACAUUGACAGACUCAUCUCUGUUUUCAUGCGUUCUCUGCAGAAGAUGGUCCGAGAGCAUCUCAAUCCACAGGCAGCAUCUGGGAGCACAGAAGCAACAGCAGGAACAAGUGAGCUGGUAAUGCUAAGUCUGGAACUGGUGAAGACACGGCUGGCUGUGAUGAGCAUGGAGAUGCGUAAGAAUUUCAUCCAGGCCAUUCUGACAUCCCUCAUUGAAAAGUCCCCAGAUGCCAAGAUCCUCCGGGCUGUGGUGAAAAUUGUGGAAGAAUGGGUUAAGAAUAAUUCUCCCAUGGCAGCCAAUCAGACACCUACACUCCGGGAGAAGUCUAUUUUGCUUGUGAAAAUGAUGACCUACAUAGAAAAACGUUUCCCAGAAGACCUCGAGUUAAAUGCCCAGUUUUUAGAUCUUGUUAACUAUGUCUACAGGGAUGAGGCCCUGUCUGGCAGUGAGCUGACUGCGAAGCUUGAGCCUGCCUUCCUCUCAGGCCUGCGUUGUGCGCAGCCACUCAUCAGAGCAAAGUUCUUUGAGGUGUUUGACAACUCUAUGAAGCGCCGGGUGUACGAGCGCCUGCUGUAUGUGACCUGUUCCCAGAAUUGGGAGGCGAUGGGGAAUCACUUUUGGAUCAAGCAGUGCAUUGAGCUCCUCCUGGCUGUGUGUGAGAAGAGCACUCCCAUUGGUACCAGCUGCCAGGGGGCCAUCCUUCCAUCCAUAACCAAUGUCAUCAACCUGGCCGACAGCCACGACCGAGCCGCCUUUGCUAUGGUCACACAUGUCAAGCAGGAGCCUCGGGAGCGAGAGAACAGCGAGUCCAAAGAGGAGGAUGUUGAGAUAGAUAUUGAACUGGCUCCUGGAGAUCAGAGCAGCACACCCAAAACCAAAGAACUUUCUGAAAAGGACAUUGGAAACCAGCUGCAUAUGUUAACCAAUAGACAUGACAAGUUUCUUGACACUCUUCGUGAAGUGAAGACUGGAGCGCUGCUCAGUGCCUUUGUUCAGCUGUGCCAUAUCUCCACGACACUGGCAGAGAAAACCUGGGUCCAGCUUUUCCCCAGAUUGUGGAAAAUCCUCUCUGAUAGACAGCAGCAUGCCCUGGCAGGGGAGAUAAGUCCAUUCCUAUGCAGUGGCAGUCACCAGGUGCAACGGGACUGUCAACCCAGUGCACUGAACUGCUUCGUGGAGGCCAUGUCCCAGUGUGUCCCCCCAAUCCCCAUCAGACCUUGUGUUCUGAAGUACCUGGGGAAGACACACAAUCUCUGGUUCCGCUCCACACUGAUGCUGGAGCACCAAGCCUUUGAAAAAGGUCUGAGCCUGCAGAUUAAGCCAAAGCAAACAACAGAGUUCUAUGAGCAGGAGAGCAUAACACCACCUCAGCAGGAGAUACUGGAUUCCCUUGCUGAGCUUUACUCCCUAUUACAAGAGGAAGAUAUGUGGGCUGGCUUAUGGCAGAAGCGGUGCAAAUACUCUGAGACGGCAACCGCUAUCGCAUACGAGCAGCAUGGAUUCUUUGAGCAGGCCCAAGAAUCUUAUGAAAAGGCGAUGGAUAAAGCCAAAAAGGAACAUGAGAGGAGUAAUGCAUCCCCAGCCAUUUUUCCUGAAUACCAGCUCUGGGAAGACCACUGGAUCAGGUGCUCCAAGGAGCUGAACCAGUGGGAGGCAUUGACAGAAUAUGGCCAGUCCAAAGGUCACAUAAACCCCUACCUGGUCCUGGAAUGUGCCUGGAGGGUAUCCAACUGGACUGCCAUGAAGGAGGCACUGGUGCAGGUAGAAGUAAGUUGCCCAAAAGAGAUGGCAUGGAAAGUCAACAUGUACCGCGGAUACCUGGCGAUCUGCCACCCUGAAGAGCAGCAGCUUAGUUUCAUCGAGCGCCUCGUGGAAAUGGCCAGCAGCUUGGCCAUCCGUGAGUGGCGGCGGCUGCCCCACGUAGUGUCCCAUGUGCACACGCCCCUUCUGCAGGCAGCCCAGCAAAUCAUCGAACUUCAGGAAGCUGCACAAAUAAAUGCAGGUUUACAGCCGACCAACCUGGGGAGGAACAACAGCCUCCAUGACAUGAAGACGGUGGUGAAGACCUGGAGGAACCGGCUGCCCAUUGUGUCUGACGACUUGUCUCACUGGAGCAGCAUCUUCAUGUGGAGGCAGCACCAUUACCAGGGUAAACCGACCUGGUCCGGCAUGCAUUCAUCAUCAAUUGUAACUGCUUAUGAAAACAGUUCUCAGCACGAUCCAAGCUCAAAUAAUGCUAUGCUCGGAGUUCAUGCAUCAGCUUCAGCAAUCAUCCAGUAUGGGAAAAUUGCCCGGAAACAAGGGCUGGUCAACGUAGCACUGGAUAUAUUAAGUCGUAUUCAUACCAUUCCAACUGUUCCCAUCGUGGAUUGCUUCCAGAAGAUUCGACAGCAAGUUAAAUGCUACCUCCAGCUGGCAGGAGUGAUGGGCAAAAACGAAUGCAUGCAGGGCCUUGAGGUUAUUGAAUCUACAAAUUUAAAAUACUUCACAAAAGAGAUGACAGCUGAAUUUUAUGCACUGAAAGGAAUGUUCUUGGCUCAGAUCAACAAAUCUGAAGAAGCAAAUAAAGCUUUUUCGGCAGCUGUGCAAAUGCAUGAUGUGCUGGUGAAAGCCUGGGCCAUGUGGGGUGACUACCUAGAAAAUAUCUUUGUGAAGGAGCGGCAGCUGCAUCUUGGAGUGUCUGCCAUUACCUGUUACCUGCAUGCGUGUCGGCAUCAGAAUGAAAGCAAAUCAAGAAAAUACUUAGCAAAGGUGCUAUGGCUUUUGAGUUUUGAUGAUGACAAAAACACGUUGGCAGAUGCUGUUGACAAGUACUGCAUUGGCGUACCACCCAUCCAGUGGCUGGCCUGGAUCCCGCAGCUGCUCACCUGCCUGGUUGGCUCUGAGGGCAAGUUGCUCCUGAACCUCAUUAGCCAGGUUGGACGGGUGUAUCCCCAAGCAGUUUACUUUCCCAUCCGGACUCUAUACCUGACCUUGAAGAUAGAACAGCGGGAACGCUACAAGAGUGAUUCUGGACAGCAGCAGCCAAGUUCAGUGGGUAACCAGUCCCAUUCUGCAUCAGAUCCAGGGCCCAUAAGAGCAACAGCACCCAUGUGGCGCUGCAGCCGAAUCAUGCACAUGCAACGGGAGCUCCACCCCACCCUUCUGUCUUCCCUGGAAGGCAUCGUUGACCAGAUGGUUUGGUUCAGAGAGAACUGGCAUGAAGAGGUGCUUAGGCAACUCCAACAGGGCCUGGCAAAGUGUUACUCUGUUGCCUUUGAGAAAAGUGGUGCAGUGUCUGAUGCCAAAAUCACCCCGCACACUCUGAAUUUUGUUAAGAAGUUGGUGAGCACAUUUGGAGUGGGCCUGGAAAACGUGUCAAACGUCUCCACCAUGUUCUCCAGCGCAGCCUCUGAGUCUCUGGCCCGCCGAGCACAGGCCACGGCCCAGGACCCCGUCUUCCAGAAGCUGAAGGGCCAGUUCACAACAGAUUUUGAUUUCAGUGUUCCAGGAUCCAUGAAGCUUCAUAAUCUAAUUUCUAAGUUGAAAAAGUGGAUCAAAAUCCUGGAGGCCAAAACCAAGCAACUUCCAAAAUUCUUCCUCAUAGAAGAAAAAUGCCGUUUUUUGAGCAAUUUCUCAGCACAAACAGCUGACGUAGAAAUUCCUGGGGAAUUUCUAAUGCCAAAGCCAACACAUUAUUACAUCAAGAUUGCUAGGUUCAUGCCCAGGGUGGAAAUUGUUCAGAAGCACAACACAGCAGCUCGUAGGCUGUACAUCCGCGGGCACAAUGGCAAGAUCUACCCGUACCUUGUCAUGAACGAUGCCUGCCUCACAGAGUCACGGAGGGAGGAGCGUGUGCUGCAGCUGCUCCGCCUGCUGAAUCCCUGCUUGGAGAAGAGGAAGGAAACCACCAAGAGGCAUUUGUUUUUCACAGUUCCCAGGGUUGUAGCCGUGUCCCCACAGAUGCGCCUUGUGGAAGACAACCCCUCUUCACUUUCCCUCGUGGAGAUCUAUAAGCAGCGCUGUGCCAAGAAGGGCAUUGAGCACGACAACCCCAUCUCCCGUUACUAUGACCGACUGGCCACUGUGCAGGCGCGGGGGACCCAGGCCAGUCACCAGGUCCUUCGAGACAUCCUCAAGGAGGUGCAGAGCAACAUGGUGCCGCGCAGCAUGCUGAAAGAGUGGGCCUUGCACACGCUGCCCAACGCCACAGACUACUGGACCUUCCGGAAGAUGUUCACCAUCCAGCUGGCGCUGAUCGGCUUCGCAGAGUUUGUCCUACACUUGAAUAGACUCAACCCCGAGAUGUUACAGAUUGCUCAGGACACUGGCAAGCUGAAUGUUGCCUACUUUCGGUUUGAUAUAAAUGAUGCAACUGGGGAUUUAGAUGCCAACCGUCCUGUCCCUUUUCGCCUCACCCCCAACAUUUCUGAGUUUCUGACCACCAUCGGUGUUUCCGGCCCUCUGACCGCCUCCAUGAUCGCUGUUGCGCGGUGCUUUGCACAGCCCAACUUCAAGGUGGAUGGCAUCCUGAAAACUGUGCUCCGGGAUGAGAUCAUUGCUUGGCACAAGAAAACACAGGAGGACACCUCCUCUCCUCUCUCGGCCGCUGGACAGCCUGAGAACAUGGACAGCCAACAACUGGUCUCCCUGGUCCAGAAAGCUGUUACUGCCAUCAUGACCCGUCUGCAUAACCUGGCCCAGUUCGAAGGUGGGGAGAGCAAAGUCAACACCCUUGUGGCAGCUGCCAACAGCUUGGACAACCUGUGCCGCAUGGACCCCGCCUGGCACCCGUGGCUGUGACCAGCACUGCCUCUCCCCCGGAAUGUGAAGGAGCCUGCUGGCUUCUGUGACCUCUCGCUGCCUGCUUCAUUUUAUUUAUGGGAGACCUGCGAUUCUGCGGGCUGUCAUUAUUUUACGAUUGUUGGUGUGUGAAAGAGGGUGAGUUCAGUGGUGGAGGGAGAUGUCAGCUAGACCUUAGAAACGGCAGAGCUGAGCCUACCCUAAGCUUUUAACACGAUUUUUUAAGCAACCAGGAUUUCUGGCCUGGGGUUUUUUUGUGAAUUCUUUUUUAUGGUUCUCCUUCUUAUGAGUGAACAGAGUGAACUGCAGGAAACAACUCGGGAUGUCCAUUUUUAACUCUUUACAGAAAUGACACCUCACCACGCUUUGCGCAUUUGUACAGACGGGUACACAUUAAGCGAGGUGUUAGAAGCGCAGAAGUCAGAAGCACUGUGCUCAUCCCUGCAUGAGCACAGGCUGUCGAGCUGAGUGUCACCGGCCUGAGCACCCUGCCGAGUUUGAGUGUGGCCUCGGGAGGCCGUGUUGCUGCGCAGGGGAGCCCGUCCCCGUCCCGUCCCCGUCCCUGUCCCCGUCCCUGUCCCCGUCCCCGUCUCGUCCUCCUCUGUGUGGGGUCCACAGGCCCCUGGGCAGGACCAGCCUAGGAGCAGUGCAGGCAGCUCGUGGGCUUUUUCUUGCUGGCUCUCUGGGUGUCUUCUAGACAUUUUCUCUCAUUGUACCUGAAAAGAAAUCUUUUUUUUUCUUACUAAUUUAAAAAGAAAACAGCAGUGAAAGUUUCCUCCCUUAGUGUUGCUUUUGUUCACAUUUUUAUAAAUCUGAGCAUUGAGAGUGUUCUAUCUAAAUUUGUACAGUGUGAUUUUUUUUUUUAGAAUAAAUAUUUUAUAAAAGG